AAUAAUAUUGUUUAUCCGCAUCUUAAGAUUUAAGGAUAGACAAAACAUAAAGUUUAUAUCAUCUUUUUUUUUCAUAUUUAAGUUGUUUUUUAAUGACUUUGGCUACCAAACACUUGUGACACUAGGAUGUCGCAUCAUCUGUCAUCUUGCUUAUGAUUCAAGCAGAAGGAAAAUGAUAGUAAAUUUACAAGCCGUUAUCAUCGUCCUGAUGUGGACCUCUACAGCGGUAAACUCGUUAGACAAUUAUGGCUACAGGGAAUGCGUACACAACAAGUAUCAGGCUGUUUGUCUUGGUAAAGCUGAAUGGUUUUCACGUGAAGGAAGAGGAUUAAACUCUUUUCCCAGCAUUCCAAGCAAAGCAACAUGCGUCAUUCUUAAAAGUAACUACAUUGAACAGUUUCCGGGAGAUGUAAGCAGUUUGACAAAUGUUGUUACAUUGGAUUUAUCUGGGAACAGACUAAACUAUUUACCCGAAGAUCUUUAUAAAAUGCAACAGUUAGAAAUCUUAGAUGUCUCGGAAAACCGCCUUGAAACAUUAUCACCGAAUACGAAGUUUCCAGAAUCACUCCGGGGUCUUUUAUUGGCCAAAAAUAAUAUGAAGAGGAUACCAAAUGGCAUAAGGGUUCCUGAAUUGCUGGUGCUUGAUUUAUCGCACAACUUGUUUACAGAAAUACCAGAACAAUUCUGUGUUUCUGACCAACUUAUUAGAGUGGAUUUCACCCGUAACCCUUUACAGCAAGAUGUCUCUCGAGAUAUCAGUAAAGUCAAUCGAUGUAAAAACAUAAACGAUAUACCUUUCUGCCUGUUCACCACUGAAACAACCAUCAAAUGUGACUGUUCCAGCUUAGGACCUCUUCUUCAGGACUCUCCAUCGUUUUGCAUGGGCGCACAAACAAAGUACCAGGAAUUUACAUGUUCUUCGAACAGCGUUGACAAGUAUAAGACGAAAAAAAUAUUCGAUUUGAACGUCACAGUGGUGAAAGACGCAUGUCCUCAUGAAUUCCUAGCUCAACAGAAGAGUAUUUCUGCAAAGAAUGGAUUAGAUACUAACGUGGCUUUGGUCAUUCCGUUAUUGCUUUUCUUAUGUUUGUCUUAGAUAUAUAUGUAUUUCGAAAAUCAUUGAAUACAGUGCUGAAAUGUGUACUACCAAAACGCCUGGGCAAGUCGAUAUUAACCCAUCAAAACAUUUGAAAUACCAUAGAUAAGUGUCAGGUAGAUUGAGACAUGAAUCUCAACUUUUCCAAAUGAUAAUUUAUCCACGUCACAAGGAGGAAACAUAAAUAGUCUCUCCGUGUAACUUUUAUCGAGUCAGUUAUACUAUUCAAAUACCUUGGCAUGAAUAUAUAAUGCGAUAUAUCCAUUCGGCCCUUUUACAAUGAGAAAAAACACACAAACAGGUCUGCCAAAAACAAAUGGACCAAACCAUUUGCUAUAUACACGUACGUCUUACCAUAAACGUUAGCUCAGUAAUGCAAUCACGACCGUUUUUCGAUCACAACUAGAAUAUGCAUCUGAAGUCUGUGCACUCAUCCAUCCCAACCUCCUCACCCAAAACAAAUCGAUUUAAAUAAUCUUAAUACAAUGUAAAUCAUUUUCCCAUGUAGGAACAAGACUGAGUUUUCAAUUCCCAUGCCGCACAUUUCUGCAUUAUUUUUGAGUGUGACAUUUUUGAAAACGUUUUAUCUUUCGAGAUUUCUUUUCUUGUUUGAUUAUAUAUCAAAUAAUUUUUAAAUUUUAAAAAUGUAUGUUUUUAUAUCUAUCAACAAUAAAGAGGAGUUUAUCUGA